GUAACAUCAUCGGCUCUGGGAUAUUCAUCUCUCCUAAAGGCGUGUUGGAGCAUACAGGCUCCGUGGGUCUGUCACUCAUCGUCUGGGUUUGUGGAGGGGGGAUCUGUGCCCUUGGGUCCCUUUGCUAUGCUGAACUGGGUGUCACCAUCCCAAAAUCUGGAGGAGACUAUUCAUACGUGACAGAAAUCUUUGGAGGGCUAGUGGGCUUCCUGUUGUUAUGGAGUGCCGUCCUUAUAAUGUAUCCGACCACGCUGGCGGUCAUCGCGCUCACCUUCUCAAAUUACGUCUUGCAGCCGGCCUUCCCGGAGUGCCUUCCUCCGUACAUCGCCACCAGACUCCUCGCCACCAUCUGUGUCC